GGGUUUGUACCCAUCUGUCAUUCAAAGGGGCAGCGUAACUAGGAUUUAUUUUAAGUGAUUUUGAGGGUGAGUUAUUCGAAAUUCAAACUGCAAAAUGGACAUGUUCAGAUAAUGAGCUCUGUCAACCAUUGUUAUUUUUUUACCUCAAGUCUAAAAACACUUUUAAUUUGAGGAUUUUCGACAUUGACUCGCUUUUGUUUGUUGUAGGCAUUUACUUCAUUUUUUCCCAUUUGAAAGACUGUCAAAAGUUUUUUUUAAACACAACAUUGGCUCAUUUGUAUGAUACUAAUAUGAUAAGAGCUUGAUAUUGUAAAUAUAUUGAAUGUGAAUAUCCUAAAAGGACUCAAGAAGGAAAAAGAAAUCUUGCUUUUGUCUUUUCAUGUCAACUGUUGGCUCCAAUCAAGGACACCCUAACUGUUUAAAGAUAUAAAGAGAUGGGGUGGGGGAGCUUGUGUUCCCUUGAGUGUAUUGAUUGGGAUCCUUGGUGCAGCUUUCCAGUUUAACCGAAAAAUGAAUGCACACGCACACACAUCUUGAAUCUUGUUGUGAUUAGAUGUUGCUUAAUUUGCCAAAGCAAACAUCUGUGACUUCAGCCCUCUGGAAUCGAGUUGUUUACAGACUUCAUCCUUUGGAGAGUUCAAUGAGAUCCAUGGAGGAUGAAGUAGUUUGAUAAAAAACCUCCACCCGUCUCUCACAGAUCACUUUCUGUGCUGUUUGAACCAGAUUAAUAUUUCUUAUCAUCUCACUGGAUACAUUAUCAAUGGAUUAUAGAUCUAAUGUUACCUAUAUAACUUUUGGUGGGCAUGUGGAAGUGCAGAAAUACAGAUAUCUUUAUUUUGUGGUCAUGUUUACAGUGUAUAUGUUAAUAAUUACCAGUAAUUUCACUAUUGUGGGGAUUAUAAUGUUUUACAAAAACCUGCAUGAGCCAAUGUAUAUUUUUAUUGCAGCUUUGUUAAUCAACUCUGUUCUUUUCAGCACUGUUAUCUACCCAAAGCUUUUGAUUGACUUUUUAUCAGAAAAACAGAUCAUAUCUUAUCCAGCAUGUCUCUUCCAGUGGUUUUUAUAUUACUGGUUAGCUGCUUCAGACUUUGUGCUCUUGUCGUUCAUGGCCUAUGACAGAUAUGUGUCUAUAUGUAACCCUUUGAAAUAUACAACCAUCAUGCAAACAAAAACGGUUAAUGUUAUCUUGUUUUCUGCUUGGAUUCUGCCUGCAUGUUUGUUUUUACUACUACAGUUACUUAAUGCUAAAAAAGAAAUCUGUCAGUUUCACUUGAAAGGAAUACUUUGCAACAGCACAGUUCAAACACUUCAAUGUGUGAGAUCAACAAUACUGAAUAUAUAUGGCUUGUUUCUUCUUGUUACUUUUUUAAUUCUCCCUGUGCUCUUCAUACUGUUCACAUACAGCAGGAUACUUGUAGUAUCGUAUCGAUGUAGAGGAGUCAGGAGAAGAGCUGCACAGACCUGUUUACCCCAUCUGCUGGUUCUAAUCAACUUUUCCUGUUUCACUGCGUAUGAUGUACUUCUUGCUCGACUCGAACUUGAUUCAGCAAAAAUUGUAAGUUUGAUAAUGGCUUUACAAGUUGUAAUAUAUCACCCUCUUUUUAAUCCAAUCAUAUAUGGACUAAAAAUGAGAAGGAUUUAUGAUCACCUUAAGAAGCUCUUUUAG